AUGAGUAGUACCUCCUCUGAUGACGCUUCGAAUUGCAGCACUAUGCCUGUCCAAGACAACAUGCAAUUCUUAUCUUAUAUAAACACGUUGGAUCAAAAUCCGGCUUGUGUUCAAUCGUCAUUAACGCAAACAAGUUUGGCCGGUUAUAUUUACCCAGAGAAUACAAGUCAGUCAACAUCGCCGCAUCUCAAAAGUGGGAAAACUGCUUCUUCAUUCUAUGGUUAUCGAAAUAGUGUUGCAUGUAGUCCGGAAUCGUCCCAGUUUCAAGAUGAUCAACUGAGAGACCAUCACCAUUCUUCCCCGAAUUCUUCACACCUGGAUACAUUUAGUGAGUUUUCAUCGGUUCCUAUGAACCAAGCAGAUUCUCAGUCUUCUGCACAUACAUAUCCCGAUCCCAACCAAUUAUACCAAACGCAUGACAAAUAUCACCAUAUACCAAAUACUUAUCUUUCACAUUUGACAUUCACGCAUCAACAGGGACAGCUCUACUCAAAAGUAUCUCAAGCACCUUACUCAACUGAGCCUGUGCCAUCUUGCAAUACUACCGAUUCUAUUCCUUACAUUGAUCGUUUUGCAAAUCCGGCCACAACCCAAAAUCAAAACCAAAUUCCACUACAAAUACAAGAUUCCACUAUACACAGAAAUAUAAGCUUUCAAAAUAAUUUACAAGUUGCAUCGCCACCACUACCUGCACACCUAAGUUCACAAUUUGAGUAUCACUCCUCCAACAACCAGGCCCUGGAACUAGGGGAAAUACAAGAGGAGCCAUCUUCCAGAAUGAUUCAUUUAGAGGGUUCAUCUACCCCUUCCGCUACCUCUCCCUUCACUACCAAUAUUAGUCGGUGUACUAAUACAGAUAUUUCGCCAAAUUCAGUGCCAAGAAUUGACGAUGUUUCCUCUAUAAAGCCCAUCCCGGGAUGUAUGGCAUACUACCAUCCGCUAAUACCCGUCAUUCCUUCUGCUUCGGGCAACCGAAAAAACACAAGGAUACAACCGGUUCCGAACGAAUUGAAUGUCAAGGAGCAAAAUCCCGGUGAAAAAAGGGUAGCACAGAAGACAGCUUUUGGGUCGCCGAUUUGGAGCGCCAAAGAUGACCAGCUGCUGCGGUACUUGAAAGAAGUGGAAAAAAUAGGCUGGAGAGAUAUAUCUAUGUAUUUCCCAACAAGGACCAUCAAUGCGUGUCAGUUUAGAUGGAGAAGGCUGGUUAUGAAAGACGAAAAUAAACGAAAAAGGGAAGAGCAUAAGGCCCAAAUCAGGGAACGGCUAAAGUAUUUAGAUAGUGAUGCUCAAACCGUAUAA